AUCAUGACCUCAUACGGGGUGUUUGCGUUCAAAUCAAAGGUGAGAUCCAGUCCACUCUCGGUCAGUGGUACAACUCGGCAGUGCUCCUUCUCGAUUCUGUUUACGUCUUAAAACCUUCCUAAAGUCGACAAGAAAGGUCUUUCUUGUAGUUUGGGUUUGUUGGUCAACACAUUUCAACAGAUCCCCAUUGAUGAUUUCAAUCUAAUCUCACAGAAAUAUGAUUUGAAAGAAAAACAUCCCUAUAUGCAGGCUUAUAAGUUUGCCAUCGAGGCUGCAGAUCUGGCGAAAUAUACACCAUUAUUCUUUGCUCGACACAAGCGUCGGGCAGGAGAAAUGCUUUUUGAGUACUGGAAAUCAAAAACAGAAGAGAAUAACUCUCAUUAUCUUGAAAGCGCUCUGGUCGAACUGAAGGAAAGCUUGGCCGCUCACAAAAACUUGGAUUCUCUAAAAAGCAGAGAACAGUAUUAUGAAUUUAUCAAUGCUUUGUACAAAGCAAGUUGUGUAUUACAAUACAGCCAAACGAAUCAAAGAAUUAUGUCAUAUUUGUUGAAGUCCUGUUCCAUGACCUUGUUCCUUCAUUAUUGUCUUAAUCCAACCACUAUCACUCACAAUGAAUACAGUAAAAAGAAGAUCAACGCGGCAUUAACGAUUCUUGACCUUCCUUCCUAUGUUGAAAUUGAUCGUUUUACAUACGGCACAACGGAACCGCUUUACUUGAGACGAAAAGAACUACGACUUCAUGAUAGCUGUGAAAAAGCUCCAAUGGUUGAUCGAAUUUCGGAGACAGCAGAAACAAUCAAUACUCAAUCUUCUGCUGAAAUGGUUGAUAGAAUUUCCGAGACUACAGAAACUUUAACCAUCGAUACUCAAUCUCCAGCUGUCACGCCAUCUUUUUACCGAAGUGACUCCGAUGACGAAGGGGAUAACGAUGUACAUGAAUGUGAAAUAAGGUCGUAUGACGCAAUUCGAGCUCGCUGGCGAACUCACAGGACUCUUGUGUACAUCGGGGAACCUCUGAGUCUCUCCAAAGAGAAGGAAGGAGCUUUAAGGGAUCCCUACAUGGUAGAAUACCUUAGUCAGGAUGAGCCUAUGGGAAAGUAUCUUGGAAAACAAUACAAGAAGUCACGUGCUGUUGAGCAAUACCUGGAGGAUGUCACGUGUCAGAUGACUGCCCGUUACUACGUAGGAAUGUUUAAUGAAGAAUUGUACAAGAAAGGUUAAUGAAUUAUUUCAAACACGGUAUUUGCGGUGUUUAAAACAAACACAAAAACAUCACGCGGAAUGAGUUUAAUAUACAUAGUUACUGGAAG